UUAUUCAAUACUGCAUUCGGUGGUGUUGAUAUUGUAUGCAAUAAUGCUGGGAUUGCACAACCUGGUGAAUUUAUGACCAAACUGCUGGAUAAAGACUAUUUAAACAUUGUAAUAAAAAGUACGCAAUUAGGAAUUCAAUUUUUGAAAAACUGUGGUGAUGGUGUUAUUAUAAAUACAGAUACACAUUUGCUGCAAGUACGAUCAAUUGAUAAACUUGGAUACGUUCCUAUUGAUGAAGUGAUUAAUGCUUUCAAGAUGAUGAUACUAUCAUAA